UGCCCAGUCUGCUGGGAGGACAUUCAGGCGCCUGUGGUCACGGGCUGCGGCCACCGCUUCUGCGAGGAAUGCAUUAAGGCUGCGCUCAACGUCAAGAAGGAGUGCCCGACAUGCAGGGCGCGCAUUCCUUCGCACCGGUCUUUGCGUGCGGAU